AUGUCUACAUAUUCUACAAAUUAUAAUUGUCCUGAAUGUAAAAAGUUAAACAUUAAAAUCGAAGAAGAUGAUAGAAUCAUUACAAGCUUAAGAAAAAAAGUUAUUGGUCUGCAAGAUGACUUAUUAUUUGCCCAAAAAGAAAUAAUUGAACUAAAACAUGAAUUAAAUAAUUCUCGAAAGAGUAAUUUUGUCACUCAAUCAGAUGAUGAUAAUCAUGAAAACCUAAGAACGUACUUUUCAACCAAACAACAAAAAAAUACAGUCAAUAGUGACCGAUUAAAGUUAUUUUUUGGAAAUGUUGUAAGACCGAUAACGAAGAAUAUUCUUAUAAAUCAUGUUGAAAAUGCCUUUGGACGUGUAGUAGAUUAUUAUAAAGACCAGAAUUCGCCAUAUGCUUUUAUUUAUUUUUCCGAUGAAGAUGGAUAUCAUGCCGCGCUUAAUCAAGGAAGUAUUUUAGUAGAAGGAAUUACCGUUCUUACAACUAAUGCGCAGUUAAAAGGAAAAUGGCCGGAAGUUGAUAAACCUCCACCAGUUGAUGCAACUUGGACUUCAUUAGUUGAUAUGUCAAAAGUUCCAAAAGCUCCGUUAUCGAAAGGCGAAAAUGAUUGUCCCGCAAAUGAUGAAUUUUGUAAAUGGAGUUGUACUCAAUGCACUCGUAAUGAUUCCGAUAUAGUCGUCUGUCCCAAUACAUCAGCGUUUACAGAUACUUUAUUAGAUUAUUUAGCAACAAAAGAUGUUAAAUUAACAUUUUUCGUUAUCGGCUCACGCGUAAUAGAAAACCCACAAAUCUUGCAAAAAGCAUUCAAUGCUGGACAUCUAAUUGGGGUACACACUUGGUCUCAUUCACAUCUUACCCAACAAUCCAAUGAGGAAAUCAUAGCAGAAAUCAAAUGGACGGAAGAAGCGAUAAAACAAGCCGUGGGUGUUACACCAAAAUAUAUGCGACCACCUUUCGGAGACUGUGAUGAUCGAGUUAGAGGAAUCUUAACUCAACUAGGCUAUAAAAUUGUUAUGUGGGAUAAAGAUACGAAUGAUUACUUGACAGGGGAAGAUAAGAAUUUUAAAGCAGAAUGGAUCGAAGGAAAUUUUACUCAAUGGGUUAAAGAACCUUCUACAACUGGACAUAUAUCAUUAGAACAUGAUUUAUAUCAACCAAGCGCUGCUAGAGCUUCAUAUGUUGUACCGAUUGUACAAGGUGCGGGAUUUCUCAUUAAACCCGUUUCUGUUUGUGUUGAUGAUCCAAAACCCUACGUUGAAGAUGUUAGUUUGACACCUGUGGCUAAAACUCCAACGGUUGAAACUCCGACUGUUGAAACUCCAGCGGCCCAAGUCCCAAAGGAGGAUAAUCCACAAAAUGAUGUCCCAACCGAGUCACCUGUCUCACAAAACGUCGAACAACCCGCUGAUACAACUCCUUCAAUUGCUAUUUCAUUAACGAAUAAUAAUAAUUUAUUGUUAUUAAUAUUUCUAAUUGUAGGAUCUUUUGUAAUUUAA